CAAACUUCGCUCAACAAGUUCCGAGCUUUGUGGAAACCAUGGCCUCUCCUCCAUUCUUCGUCGCCGUCGUUAUCCUCUCCAUCCUCUCUCUCCCAUUCUCCGCCGCAUCUGAGGCUUACCCGUCGAUCCCUGGCACCGCUUCCGUCACCGGAGAAUCCGCCGUCGAGCUCAAGCCACUCCGCCGCGAAAUCUACGGCGGAGGAAGAAUCUUCGACAUCAGUCACCGGUACACGGCGGAUAUGCCGUCGUGGGACUCGUCGGAGGGACUCGGAGAGUUCCUGAGACUCGCCGCGAGUAUGAAGAACGGAUCCAUCGCUAACAACUCGGAGAUGAAGCUUCCGACGCACACCGGAACCCACGUCGAUGCACCAGGCCACGUCUUCGAUCAUUACUACGACGCCGGUUUCGAUGUCGACACGCUCGAUCUCGGAGUCCUCAAUGGUCCUGCGCUUUUGGUUGAUGUUCCAAGGGAUAAGAACAUAACUGCUGAAGUAAUGGAAUCUCUUCAUAUUCCUAAGGGAAUUCGUCGUGUGCUCUUCAGAACGUUGAAUACUGACAGGCGACUUAUGUUUAAAAAAGAGUUUGAUACAAGCUAUGUGGGGUUCAUGAAGGACGGGGCGCAAUGGUUGGUAGACAACACAGACAUCAAACUUGUUGGGGUCGAUUAUUUAUCUGUUGCUGCAUAUGAUGAUCUGAUCCCAUCACACCUAGUCUUCCUUGAAGGCCGGGAGAUCAUUCUUGUUGAGGCACUGAAACUCGAUGAUGUGAAGGCAGGACUUUAUUCCCUCCAUUGCUUGCCUCUAAGAUUAGUUGGAGCCGAGGGAUCUCCAAUACGCUGCAUCCUCAUUAAGUGACCAUCCACCAAAGGCCAUUAUGUAGCGGUAGGAAGGAAUAAGACAUGGUGGGAAAGAACAGAUUUAGGAAAACCGGGAUGGAAGCAGAGGACUGUUGUGUAUAUACAAAAGGGUGUCUUCGGCUUGCAAAUAAGACGGUCGGAAAUAAAUAAACAUGGUGCUCCAAGUUUCAAGUUAUCGGUAUUAUGUAAGAUGAAACCUAAGUUCAUAAACCUGAAUCAGCAGGGGGUCUUCUUGUAGUGGUGGAUGAAUGUAUGUAUUGGAGCAAUUAGUUGUUCAAAGGAACCAAAUACUCCAAGGCAGAACGCUCUCCAAAAUGGCUGUGUUAGAACAGAACAUCAAGAAAUAUAACCAUCGUAAGUUCCUUCAGAUUCAUCCCCAUGUGAAACCAUCAUCAAGCUUGCAAGAAGCUCUUGGUACUUGGCACCAAGGAGAAGACUCUGGAUGGAGAAGAGGGCCUUUUUUCAUGACCUCCGAGUUUUCGAGGUUAUUGUUGAAGGACCUCUUUACAAGAUUAUUCGUGAUUAUUGCUAAUGAAUGGAUUGUGGUGGCUGAUCUUGAAGCAUACUUUUACGACCAUGACGGUUCUAUAUUCCCCGAGGAAUGAACCGGUCCGAAUCAGAGCUUCUCGGCUGGUUCUCAAUGCGGAAACAGAAUCUGCACUCUGUCCUGUCUCUCGAAAGACAGUCGCGGCUGCUGAUCAGUUUUGUGCGUCGUUAGUUCAAAUGGAGGUUUCGAAGAGUUGGUUGUGAAUCUAAGAAGUAAGAUCAUUGAUAUAUCCAUUAACCCUCGAGGAGUCUGCUUUCUUGUCCUCUCCCUCUCUUGGAACAAUGUUUGAUCAAGAAGAAACUAAGUUGAACUUGGCUUGUGA